AUGAAGUGUGUGAUUGGAGGGACCCACCUCAGAGUGUUUGGACGAGCAAUACAUGCCAUAGCACGAAUUAGUGAUGAGUUUUGGUUUGACCCAAAUGAAAAAGGUCUUGCUCUAAGAUCAGUGAAUUCUUCUAGGUCAGCGUAUGCAUGUGUCUUCUUUUCAUCUAUGUUUUUUCAACAUUACUGCUGGACAGCUGAACCUGAACUCUGUCAGACAAAAAGACAAUUACCCCUUACGUGUAAAUUAGUAAUGAAGUCAGUCCUCCCUGUGUUUAGAUGGCUAAACACACUAGAAAGGAAUGUAGAGAAGUGCAACAUUUAUACAAAUGUUAAUGAUUGUCAUAUAACUUUUAAGCUCUUCUGCAAACACGGUAUUGUAAAAACUUAUAACCUGGCUUUUCAUGAAAGUGAACCUUUACAAGCUGUUUUUUCAAGGCAUAUGUGUCCUAAUGUACUGAAGAUCCAAUCGAGGCUGCUGACUGAUAUAAUGAUUCAUUUUCCAACCUAUCAAGAGGAAGUAACUGUAGCUGUUACACCAAUUAAAGUUUGUUUCAAGAGUUAUACUGAGGAAGAAAUUGAUUUUUCAAAGGCAAUGCACACUAAAAUACAUCUUAAUCCAGAUGAAUUUGACUACUUUCAAAUUGGAGUAGACUCUGAAGUAACAUUUUGCCUUAAAGAACUGAGGGGUCUACUAGGAUUUGCAGAGGCUACUAGCGCUAGUGUCUCAAUUCAUUUUGAUGUGUCUGGAAAACCAAUUGCUUUCAGUACUGAGGACAUGAUGGUAGAAGCCAGCUUUGUUUUGGCUACGUUAGCUGACAUUGAAAAUAGGGAAUCCUCUCAGCAAUCUCUUUGCCUUUCACAAAGACAGAAAAGGCGUACCUUGAUGAAGGCCCAUGCAGAUAAUGUUGAAAAUGUCUCAAACAACUCUGCAGAUAAUAGUAAUACAGAAAUAAUAGCUUCAAAAAAGCCUUGUUGGACUGAAAGAGCAUAUAGCAACACAAAGUUACCUGUAGAAUGUAGGAAACUUCUAUCAAAAGGAGAUGAUGUUAUUCCUAUAAUCUCAAAAAACGACAUAAACAACAUGGAAGUAUUGGACAUGAGUCCAGCAGGUGACAUUAAAAUUGUGGAGGAAGUACCCCCCUCAUAUUCUGAUCCGUGCAAGGUACAUUCCUAUGCAAUCCACCAGGUCUUACCUAUAGCUAUCUUGAGAAAUAACUUGAUCAGCAGUAAAAAAAAGUCCCAGGAAUAUUUUGUAUGUACAAAAACUCACUUUAUUAAAUAUUGCAUUUUCCAGUUUCAUUCACUUUUCUUUGGAGCAGUUUCAUUUAAGGAGCAAGACGUCAUCAGCCACACACUCCAUAGUUUGGCCACAGCUAGUGAUGCUGAAGACGAUUUUGAUAAUGAGCAGCUCUCCCAAGUUGUCUAGGGAUAUGUAGUGCCUGUACAACCUUUGCACAGAUGUUUACAUUCUCUUUAGGUAUUAAAGUCUGUUUUACAUGCAUAAUAAAUGGCUACAGGCUAUUUUACAAACUUGUUGCAACACUUCCAUAAUGGAAAUUUCCUAGGGUUUUCUACUUUUAGAUUACAUAGAAAUUAGAACAGUAAAUAGAAACUGCUGUUGAUACUUGUAUUUUAUAUUCUAGCCUAUUACUAAUGUUAGUGAUUUUGAGUAACUCCUAAGAAAGCUAGAGUUUCAAGCUCUCAAGUGAACAGAGCUUGUUUGAUUGUGCAGUUUCCCUCUUCUGCAAUAAAAAUACAUAAAGGUACUGGUUAAAACUCUUCAAUGAUUCAGUGUUUCAUCAUUUCCUGUUAUAGUCGCAGGUUAAAAUAUGUAAAUAUUUUAUAUUCCAAUUUAUGUGGAAGCUUAACAAAUAUGUAAUAUGCAUCCAUAAAGCUUUAAGCACAAGUCUUUUACCCUCUAUUAUAACCAUUCUAUGUCAGCCAGUUGUAUGGAUGUGUCAUCUUGAAACUGUUGAAAUUUUCAUUUUCAUAAUUCAGUACUGGUGUAGUGCUGGAUUAAGGAUCUCAGAUUGUCAGGUACACAUGAUAGCCCUAAAAUGGGUUGGGGUGGUAUUUUAGAGCAGAGGUUCUCAAACUUCGUUGCACCACAGCCCCCUUCUGACAACAAAAAUUACUACACAACCCCCGAAGAGGGGACUGAAGUCUGAACCUGCCUGAGCCCCACUGCCCCAAUUGGCAGGGGCCCAAAGCCAGAGCCCUAUCACCCCAGGGUGGGAGGGGCAAAGCCAACCCCCCCAGAGCUUCAGCCCCAGGUAGGGGGCUUGUAACCUGAGCUCCACCACCUAGGACGGAAGCCCUCGGGCUUUGGCCCCAAGCCCCAACAAGUCUAAACCAGCCCUGGCCCAUUAAAACAGCCCAUUAAAACAGUGUUAUGCCCUAUUUGGGGUCUCAGGCCAGUUUGAGAAUCACUGUUCUAGAGGCUCCACAGCUGUUAUACUCACCUGAACUACUGAGUACACUGCUCCAGGAGAAUUAAAGAUAUACAUGUGACAUUCAAAGUAUUGGGGUAGCAAAUCCAUGCACUCUAGCUAGGG